CUCUUGUACCGCGGCCACUUCUGGCCUCUUGUAACAACUCCGGAUGAUAGGUGAGGGUGAUUGUGGAGCAAUUAAUUAGGUUGCUUUCUAAACAUAAUAAAUCCAUCAAUAUUUCUUAGAUAUUCGAGUCUGUCGAUACUUUUCAUUCGAUUGUGCCAAUCAGUAGGGCCAACUAAACCGAACAGCCAACAGCUGAGAAGAUGUAGUGUAUUUAUGUAUGUGUCUGUGUAAUGCGUUUAACGUAAUCGGUAGAGUAUUAUUUUCUGGGCUCUUACGCCCAUAUAGUCUGGUACAAGUUUCGGAAGAACGUAUUGCUUCCAUCAUCAGGCUCGAAGAUUAAAUCUAGCAAGCAGCCGCCAAGAAUAAAACAGCAACCUUUAUUAGGCCGUACUGUCAUCGAACGCAUCAAAUCAGUGGUUAUUAUCUUCACUUAUGUGACAUUAUAUAGUUUUGCACAACAUUUCGAACCAGAAAAUUUCAUAUUAGUAAGGCAAAGUUAGUACAAUUGGAGGAAAAGCUUGUUAAUGGAAGCAAACAGAAUGACGUGUAGAAGUCUGAUUAGGCCAUGAUCACUGCGCGUUUCUUGUAAUACCCCAACCCUCUUACUGUAGUGUAUGCGAUAGGCGAAGGAUGACGGGUGUAGUUAAUGGCUGAAUAGAUAAAGGAAGACGUUCAUGUUGGAGUUUCACCAACUUUACCAGCAGAAAUAUCGGAUUCUUACUGAUAUUGUUUGAGAUUUUACCUUGGCCUACGUAACAGACUGUUACACGCCGCAUGCAUUAUAAUUUUUGAAAUCAAUAUGUCUUUUCUGAGGGGAUCGGCCAACUAUGUGUGGUGUACCACAAGUGUUUUGGGAAAAGGUGCCACAGGCGCCGUUUUUCAAGGUGUGAAUAAAAACAACGGUGAACCAGUUGCAGUCAAGACAUUUAAUCAGUUGAGUCAUAUGAGACCCCAUGAUGUCCAAGUGCGCGAGUUCGAAGUACUAAAAAGGGUUAAACAUGAAAACAUUGUUAAACUUCUUGCCAUUGAGGAGGAACAGGAAAGCAGGGGCAAAGUAAUAGUGAUGGAGCUGUGCACAGGUGGCAGUCUGUUUAAUAUUUUGGAUGAUCCAGAAAAUACGUACGGUUUACAAGAAGAGGAGUUCCUGCUUGUUUUAGAACAUCUGUCUGCUGGAAUGAAACAUCUGCGAGAUAACAGACUUGUACAUCGAGACCUGAAGCCUGGUAACAUAAUGAAGUUUAUUACUGAUGAUGGAAGCACUGUAUAUAAGUUGACUGACUUUGGAGCUGCCAGAGAACUGGAGGAAGAUCAGCAGUUCAUGUCACUGUAUGGAACGGAAGAAUAUCUCCAUCCAGACAUGUAUGAACGGGCAGUUCUUCGCAAACCCGUAGGCAAGACAUUUGGAGCAACAGUUGAUUUGUGGUCAAUAGGUGUUACUCUGUACCAUGUUGCUACAGGUAACUUACCAUUUCGACCUUUUGGUGGUAGGCGUAACAAGGAAACAAUGUAUUAUAUCACAACGAAGAAGGCAUCUGGAGUAAUUUCUGGUUCGCAGACAAGUGAGAAUGGGCAAAUAGAAUGGUCCAAGGACUUGCCACACAAUUGUCAAUUGAGUGCAGGAUUGAAGAAGCUGGUUACGCCUCUUCUGGCAGGUCUCCUGGAAGUGGACUCUCAGAGAAUUUGGAAUUUUGAAAGGUUCUUCAAGGAAGUUACAUAUAUACUAUCCUGCAAACUAAUUCACAUAUUUUAUAUGAAUAAAGUACAAAGUAUUAGGGUGUACCUCCCUCCUGAUCGAACACCGGGAGAACCCCUCCCUGCUGAGCGGAUGUGUGCGGAGCUGCUCUCUCCAGAGAGGACAUAUGGGAGGUUGCAGAGUUUGGUGCAGGAGCAGACUGAUGUUGCUCCAACCAAUCAGAUUCUUCUUUACCGGGACUCAGUGUUGUUGUCGCUUAUUGAAGACUUGCCUGCUGGUCAUUCAUACCCCGUGACACAUGAAGAUAAACCCCUGAUGCUGUUGAGUAAGGAGAAUAACAAUGUUACAUUGGCUUCAGAAGGAGACAUACCCAAGUUUCCCAGUUUUCCAACACUUGUGUCAGUGGAGACUGAUGCGAGCCUUGCCAAGACAUGCUGUAGUGUGGGGCAUGCCUGCAAGAGACGUGUAGAGAAGCUCUCACAAGGCAGUCUCCUUAUUCACACCUGUGUGGAGCAGUUCACUGCAGUGGUCACUAAAGAACUCAAGGAUGUGGAGGCCAAAAGCAGGAAACUGUGUUACUUGACCCAGCAUGUAGAGGAGUCUGUCGAGGCAGUGACACGUGCACAUAAUAUGAUACAGGGCCUGUUGAAGUUACUGGGUAAUGUUGACAGUGACAGCCAAGGUGACUUAACUGCUCCAAGCCGUGAACUGGUCAAUGAACUUUCACCUGCCAUCCAGCAGCUUCACCAGCGAUAUGUUACUGAACGUGCCCUGCGUAACGAGUGGUUUGAUACUACUCGUGACUUGUCCUGCCCUGCAAAAUCCUGUGCUGCUGCCAGAGCCCGCACGAUGGUGGAUCGUUUGCGUGAUUCGUGGCAACACCUGUUGCGUGACCGAGCUACCCGGAGCCUUACCUAUAAUGAUGAACAGUUUCAUGUAUUGGAGAGGAUCAAGGUUGGCGAGACUGGACGGCGUUUGCGUUUACUUCUUGACACAGAAUGCCAGCCUGCCGUUGCCCAGCUGGCUGAUGCCCUAGCAGAUUGGUAUAAGAUGGCACAGACAGUCUAUCUUCAGGUACGCAUACUCGAGAAGGACUUGGAUGCCUAUGAGAAACGUCUCGAAGUGUUCUCUUCUCGCCUGGUAGACAGUGACCGUGUCUUCUAUCAGAAACUUGGGGCUCGGCAGGAAGCCAGAACAAAGCCUGCCCCUGUGAAACAGAUAGACAAGGUGCGUCAGGACGCAAAGGUGAUCCACAGUAGCUUCAAGGACAUCAUGGCAGUGCAGGGUGAGGUGAUGUCCAUGGUGAAGGAAAACUCGCAGAUUCUGAUGCAGUUCCAACAGCUUACAGAGAGUCUUGUUCGGGACAGUGGUAACAAUGGAGAGGAGACGCAGCGAAUCAUUUCAUAGCAUGCUACGCGUUGUGGGUCAGGGUGGUGUGCAAGUCCUGAGGUGGAAGAACAGAAAUAGCCGUCUGUAUGGCACAAACUUUCACAUUUUAGAGAACAGCAUUUUGGGAUGUGGUGCCAUGUAGAUAUUGUGUUAACUGACGUUUCGGAGGAACGUAUCGCCUCCAUCUUCA